UGUUGUAGCGGUGUUGUAGAAAAAUUGGAACAAUGGCAAGCCAAAAUUGCCUUUGAAAUGCGGGAUAACCAAAAUUAUUGGAAAAAAGAGCGCGAGAGUAUGGAUGAGGUCGCUUUCUUGGAAUAUAAACAAAAUUUCGAGGCUAAAAUGAAAGUUCCUACUACUCCGCGUAAAAAAGAGCUGAAAAUCUUUAGCCUUCAUCGAAUAUGC